AUGUUCGACGUCUCCAUAUUCCUCCGCCACAACUUUGCGCGUGUCUGGUCCGUGGCUCCGCCUUCUCUGACCUCCCUCGAGCUCGGUUACAUCUCCUCCGUGAUGGUAACCGAGCUUCUCAGCCCUGCCGCGGCCCCCCCGAACCACCACUUCCCCCCACCUCCGCCUAACCAUUUUCCUAACCUACAGAGACUUUCCCUCUCGGUCGACUACAUAACCGACACCAUGAUAAACACCCUCUCCACAAACCUCACUUCCCUAACACACCUCGAUCUCCGCGACUCCCCCAUCAUGGAACCCCGCAUGGCCUUUGACCUCACGAACACCGGCCUCCAAAAAGUAAACUCUCACGGCAAACUCAAACACCUCAGCCUAAUCAGAAGUCAAGAAAUUUCCCCUGCAUACUUCAAACGAGUCAACGACCUCGGUAUCCUCCUCAUGGCCGACAAGUGCUCGUCCAUGGAGAGCAUCUGCCUCGGCGGCUUCUGCCAGGUCACCGACACGGGCUACCGAACUAUUCUCCACUCAUGCUCGAAGCUCUUAAAGCUCCGAGUCUUCAACGGGACCCACCUAACCGACCUCGUAUUCCACGACAUCUCUGCCACGUCACUUUCUCUAACCGACGUCGGCCUCCGUUGGUGCCACCUGUUGACCAACUCGUCCAUUGCCCGCGUGGCGUCCAACCGGGACCUCCUCACGCUAGACUUUCGGGACUGUAAAAGCCUCGGUGACGAGGCCCUCCGAGCCAUCAACAGCCUUCCCAAGCUAAAAACCUUACUCGUCGAUGGCUGUGAUGUAACCGAUUUGGGCAUCUCGUAUCUGAGCAAGGGCUCGAUGAGGAGCCUCGUUUCUUUAUCGUUGCGUGGUUGUAAGAGGCUCACGGACAGGUGCAUCUCGUUCUUGUUCGACGGGAAUUCGAAUCCGGAGCUCAGAGUGUUGGACCUCUCGAACCUGCCGAGGAUUUCCGAUGCGGGAGUGCUCCAGCUGGCGAGGAGUCGGGUCCCGAUAACCGAGCUUCGGAUGAGGCAGUGCCAGCUCAUCGGGGACACGUCGGUUAUGGCAUUGGCUUCGAUGAGGGUAGACGAGAGGGUUUGGUGCGGGAGCACUUUGAGGUUGUUGGAUGUUUACAACUGUGGUGGGAUUACGCAGCUUUCGUUCCGGUGGCUGAAGAGGCCAUAUUUCCCGAGGCUGAGGUGGCUGGGUGUGACGGGUUUUGUUAAUCGAGAGAUGGUGGAUGAGCUGGCGAGGGGUAGGCCAUAUGUGCACGUGGUGACGCGCGGGGAGGAGCUCGGGGCAGAUCACUGGGAUGAGACGAGCGAUGUUUAUGGCGGGGAGGAGGUUGAGGAGGUGGAUGAGUUUGAGGAGUGGCUUCUGGCUGAGAAUAUGGAGGAUGGUGAUGGUGAUGAUGAUGAUGAUGUGGACAUGGAUGACUUGUUUUGA